AUGGCCAGCACGAUAACAAUUCAACUGCCUGGGGGCCCUAUCAAAGCCAACUUGGUGGAGGACAGCCUUAUCCACGCCCGAGGAGUUCCUUAUGCUCAAGCACAGCGUUUCGAAACGCCACAGCCGACCGAAAAUUGGACUGUUGCCUUGAACUGCACCGAACGCGCGCCAAUAUGUCCACAACUCCCUUCGCGAUUGGAGUCUGUCAUGGGUCCCUUAACCAAGGGUCAUAACUUGAGCGAAGACUGCUUGCGCAUAUCCAUCGUUGCUCUCAAGGAUGCUACAAAUGCUCCUGUCCUGGUAUGGCUACACGGUGGUGCCUAUAUAUCUGGCGGUGGAGACCUAGACUGCUACCAGCCGAUAGACCUCGCCAAACGGGGAAUAGUCUGUGUCAAUAUCACAUAUCGAUUGGGAGUGUUCGGUUACCUGCAUUUGGAGGGCAUUGCACCUGCCAAUCUUGGACUCUUGGACCAGCGAGCUGCUUUGCAAUGGAUCCAAGAGAACAUCUCUGCCUUCGGUGGAAACUCGGGCAAUGUCACGAUCGUUGGUCAAUCUGCCGGCGCGGAUUCGAUCAUUUGCUUGAUGGCCUCGGAAAAUGCCAGGGGCCUCUUCCAUCGCGCCAUCCUUCUUAGCCCGCCAUUACGAGAGUUGAAAGAACGGACGCCCACGGCACCCAUGCUCACACAAAAGGCGGAGCAACUUUUUACCAAGGACCCAAGAGAGAUGUCUAUAGACGAAUUACUUGGCGUUCAGAAGCAGCUUUUGAUGAAUCCAGUUCAGACGCAAGUCAUGCUAUUUGCACCGGCUCUUGGAUACGCGCCCCUGCCAACGGAGCAAGAAUUUGAUCAAAAGAUUUAUGAGGCUGCGAAGGAUAUCCCCAUUCUCAUUGGCUGGACCGAUCACGAUGGACGCCCCUUUGCCAGCAUGAUGGGACCGCAAAACCUACUCAGAUUACCCCUCAUUGGACCUUAUAUAGAGACUCUUGGAACCUGGUACAUUACUCAGAGCUACUUCAAGUGGCCAUCCCAGCGCUUUCAUCAGCAGGUACUCCAAGCCGGUGGGACUUCGACAAGGUAUUCAUUUGGCUGGGCAGGAAUAAAGAACCCGCUGGGAGCAUGCCACUGCAUCGACAUUCCAUUUGUGUUGGGAACGAGAGAGUCUUGGAAAGCUGCUCCUAUGCUCGCCGGCGAAGACACGGAAGAGCAUCUCUCCCGGCUUGGCUCGGAACUUAAGGAUUUAUGGGCGAAAUUCGCAAACGGAGGAAAGCUAAAGGACGGUCACGUUGACAUUGGCCGAAAUUUCACUCUGUCGGAAACCAUUUUCCAAAUAUAG